AUGAAGGGCCCUCUGCUGCCACCUCUUUCUCAUUCUCCUCCUUCAGCUGCAGUGCUGUGGUUGGGGGAGCUGGAGAAGUGGAGCACCAGCAUGCUGCAGCUAUGGGAAAAAAAUGCGGGCAGAGCUGUGAGUGGAUGGGCUGAGCCUGUUCUUGCCAAAGGGCAGCAAGGGGGUGGCGGGAAGGAUCUGUGCUUCGGCACCAUCCAGAUGGUGGACUGCAUGGAGCAGACUGGCAAGUAUGUGCACUUCACCAUCACGAUCACUGACCAGACAGAGAUCGAAUUCCACUGCCCCGAGGACAGCUGCUGGAAUGCCUCCAUCACCCUCAUUUCAGGGAGGCGGAGGAGGCAGGGCCGAAGGAGGCAGUGGCAUCACUUCUCUCAGAUGGCCAGGUUAAGAACUGAUGUCUUAAGAUGA